AUGGAUGGUCCGGAAAAAAGGAGUCAACAAUCCUUCAAAUGGUCACAAACGAAUAAAGAAAAAGGAGAUUUUAUGAAUGUUAUCAGUAAAAGUGAUAACGUUAAAUUAUCAAAAUCUCAAAGGAUAACAAACGAUGAUGAUAAUAAUAAUAAUAAUAAUUUACUAAAUCAUCAUCUGUACAGAAGUUUUUCAUGUAGCGAUCCGCAUUUGAGAAAAUCAGAAUCCGUCGAAAGUUUUCAUUUAUACGACGGAAACGAUCAAUCGUUGAGGAUGGCAGCAUUAAAAACGGAAAAUGCAAAAUUAAGAUCGAUCAUAAGCGAAAGAGAUGAAAGAAAUUACGAACUUUGUUUGAGAUUUUUAAGAAUGAAACAUUGUAAAAAUGAUAUAAGGACGAGAUUUCACGAUUUGGAAAAUGAAUACCUACAGGUCAUAACAAAUCUAAUGGAAAAAAUUGACGAAGCGAGAGAAGAAUUUAAUUUUAUAAUUGAUCAAAAGUUUAAAAAACCUUUGCACACGACCAACGCCAUGUACCUUAAAUUGAUACAAAAAAAUUCCAAAAUGGCAUUCGAAAAUGUUUCUCUCCGUUUGGAAAAUCAGUGCCUUAAAAAAGAAUUGAAAAAAUACGUUGUUUACGGCGGCGAUUUACCGGAAGUCAUGAGGAAAAUCGAUAGUCAACCGACCGGGGAUAAUAACGAUGAUGAAAAUGGCGGCGUUAAAAUACUUUGCGCCCCGUCAAAAAGUGAAAGUAAAUUAAAUAAAACGAAGAAAAAUGUCAAUUUCAACGAAAUCAAAACAAUUUUUCAAAGGGAUUUAUAUAUAAAAAAUUCAGAUACGGACUCGACGAAUUGCAUGAGCAAAACAUCGACGGCCGAUCAAAGUAACGGAAGUCUAACGGAUAGGAUAAAAUCGCACGAAAAAACGAAUUACUUACCGGACGAAAUAUUAAAUAAAUUAUUUAAAAGAAUCGAUACGUCAAGUCAUCAAACUAUAAAUAGUAAUCAAAGAAUAAUCGAACAAACGAGUAUCGAAUAUAAAAAUAACGACAUCCAAUCGAACGAUAGUCAAAAAGAAUUCACGCCUUUUAAUUUCCCAUAUAAAAACAUUGUAGGAAAAACGGACAAUAAUAUUAAAAUAAUUAAAAAAAAAGACAGACAAACAAACAAAACGGAAACGGAUAUGAAAAAUAAAAUGAACGAUUCGUUCACGCCGACCGAUAGCAAAGAAUCAUUUAACGAUAAUAUAAAAAAUACGUUAAAUUAUUUACCCGCGAAAUACGAGGAUUUAAUAACCGUUACGAACAACAACAAAAUGGCCGACGAUGUAUACGAUUACGUCGACGAUGACGUCAUAAUAGAAGAACAAAUGAGAAAAAAACAAAUAACGAUUCGUAAAAAUAAUUCUAAUUCGUCGAGUCAAAAAUCACGUUUUUCAAUAACGAAUAAAUACGAUAAGAAAAAAAAAAAAAAAAUCGGAACCGGAAAUGAAUAUUCAAUACUCGUCGGCGGUGAUGCAAACGUUUACAGGGAAGCUAACGGAGUUCCGGUUUGGAAAAAAGACGUCAUGAGUUUCGAUGAUGAUAACAAAUUGAUAAUGCCGAUAAAGGAUAGUUGCGGAUUGGAGGAAAAACUCGAUUUAUCACUCAUCGAAUUACCACUUAAAAGUAAUAUUAUUAUUAUUAUUAUUAUUAUUAUUAUCUAUUGUUAUUAUUAUCUAUUAUUAUUAUUAUCGAUUCAGCAACAGCAGCAGCAACCGCAACAACCGACAAUCAUGACGAAUGAAAAUAAAAUAAAAUCUCGUCGACCGGAAGGAAGUAAAAGAUUUUCCCAACGUUUGAUAUCAACAAGUCCAGAACAAUUGAAAAAUUUUUUAACCGAAACCCAAUUAGAAGCUUGUUAUAAAAUGGCGCCAAUAAUUGUUGGUCAUGCGACGACGCACAUGAAUCCGGAAAUACAAUACGACGAAUCAAAAAACGAUAUUAUUCUCCAGUUGGUCAUUCCAGCAGGAAAAGCCGUUAAAAAACCGUCAAAAAAUCAAUUAAAAACCGGUUAA